AUGAAAGUCGAUUCAGGUUGGAACGAUGACGGCGCCGUCGCUAUGCCUCCCAGUUUCGACAAUGCCUUUGGAUCUGCCACCAACGGCGACGGCAUGAACGGCGAUGACGAACGCAAGAUGGGGGCCUGCUUCAAUUGUGGAGAAGAAGGUCAUUCCAAGGCUGCCUGCCCUCACCCGCGCCAAUUUAAAGGGGAAUGUCGCAACUGCGGUCAAGAGGGCCACAUGGGUGCCGACUGCCCUUCCCGGGUCAUCAAAUGUAAGAAUUGUCAACAGGAGGGUCACGAAGCAUUGAAGUGCACCAACCCAAAAUUCGUCGACAACACCCGUGUCGCCGAUAAGACCGAGGGCGAGGCUUGGGCCCUACUCAAGGAAGCCAGUGAUGACCGAGACAUUGUUGACUUCAAGGAGGCUCUCCAAAUUCUCUCCAAGGCCGCUCCAGGAUACACCUACCCGAUGCUCGAGAAGGAGUUUCGGAAGCGUGGUUUCAACAUCUACUUGAUUGCCAUGGAGAAGGAUCUUGGUGACACUUGGACAAAUGUCAACCUGCAGGGCGAAAUCGAGAAGAAAUAUGCCAUCAGCUAUUUUACUUCCGACAAGCCACAGCGCCCGACUCUUCUCGACAAAUGGCCUUCGUCUCCAGAGGACAACCUCGCUCGUCUCGCUGACGCCGGGAUUCCCCUCGACCGUGGCGUGGACAAGUGCAACAACUGUGGGAAGAUUGGUCACAUCACCAAGCGUUGUCCUGAAGAAAGAACCGCGAGCGUCCAGCCCACUGUAACCUGCUACUUGUGUGGUGAGGAGGGUCAUCGUGUUCGUGACUGCGGCCAGGAGCGUAAACAUGGCGCCCGUGCCUGCAAGAUCUGCGAGUCUGAGGAGCAUUUGGCCAAGGACUGUCCAAACAAGGAGCAGCGAACCUGCCGCAACUGCGGUGAAGAAGACCAUAUGGCCAGGGAUUGCCCGACUCGGGAGAAGAGAACCUGCCGCAACUGUGGUGAUGAAGAUCAUCUGGCCCGCGACUGCCCUCAGCCGCGAAAGAUGACUUGCAACAUUUGCAGCGAGGAAGGUCACAUGGCUCGUGAAUGUCCUAAGAGAGAGGAAGCUGGUCCGCGCCCCCGAACCGACUGGACGAAGGUUACUUGCACCAUCUGCAACGAGAAAGGUCAUGGCCGUGCGCGCUGCCCUCAGAAUCAAGCAGCACUGACCGAUCGAUCGAAUGAUGGGAAAGCAAACGGUGCAAACAGUGGAGCUGAUGUUGGCGCUGGCUGGGACAGUGCUCCGGCGUCGGAUUCUGCUGCUGGAGGCUGGGACGGCGCUCAGAAUGGUGAUUCCGCUUGGGGUGGCGUUCCCAAUGCCGCUGGAGGAGCUGCGUGGUAG